AUGGUUAGAGUAAGGUUCGAUCUGCUGUGGCUCAGCUUCGUUGGCACAUUCUUAAUCGAAAGCAAUGCCUGGAAAACAUCGGACUGGAUGAAGGACCACAUGAAACAAAUUGGCGAAAGAACUCUCAAGCAGAUCUGUAUCCCAGGCACACACAACUCUGGGAUGAACCAGAUCAACGGAAAAACAGCAUCAGCUAAAUCUUGCAAUAUCCUACACCAGAGUGGGACUAUACUCAAGCAGCUGGAACUGGGUAUUAGAUUCUUUGAUGUAAAGCCAGUCAUAUCCCAAGGAAAGUUCAAGACCGGGUAUUACAGAAAGAAUUCAGAAGAUGUUUGGGAAGGUGGAAACGGGCAGUUUAUGCAUUCAAUUGUCAACGACAUCAAUAAAUUUACUAAGAACCAUAAUGAGCUCGUCAUCAUCUACUUGUCGCAGUCACUUAAUACGGACAUGAAAUACAGAAGUUUCAACCAAGAAGAAUGGAACAGGCUCUUUCAACUUCUUGAUCGAACACGCAAUCUCUUUGUAACCUCAAGAGACGCCUAUCUUCCUGAUUUCACUUUAAGAAAUCUAACUGGUAAUUGGAGCAGAUCUUCAGUUGUCUACAUCAUUCACGAGAGAGAAUUUGACUUGGGCGAUCGUUUUGGCAAAGGAUAUUUCAAUUGGAAAAGUUUGGCGUUGUAUCUCAAGUAUUCAGAAACAAAUGACUUUUCUGUUAUGCUCGAAGAUCAGAUUAACAAAAUGAAGACAGUAUCGCAUAGCAGGUAUUUCCUCUUUCCUUGGACUCUUACGUUGAGUUCGGAUGACGUUGCGAUGUGCCCGAUAGGGACGAGUGUCAAACUCCUCGCCAAAAAUGCCAACGAAAAUCUUCACACGAUAGUGCAAUAUGUCUCGGAGAAUGCAUAUCCCAACAUCAUAUCAGUUGACUACGUGGAAAAUAAUGAAGUCACUCUCGUGACACUGGCUGUCAACAAUUUGCUUGAUUUUUAA